CUGACAGCCGGAGAACAACAAAGCACUGUUUGUUUAAUAAGUUCAAGUCCAGUUCGGAUGUCAAAAAAUGUUAGUAGACUUCUGCAAUGGUCAGUUUGAUGCCAGAAUCACUUGUGAUAAAGUUGGUGCUGACCAUUAUGAUGUAACUAAUCUGGUGUCUCAAGAUUGGGCAAAACGUAGACGUGGAUUCCUAGCAGAGACUUUCAUAAAACCCCCUGUCAUUAUAACUGUAGAAUUUCCAUGCAACAUAGAGUUGUUCCGCAUUGUAAUUGAUCCAAAAGUUGGGAGGCAAGUAUCAAGUGGCAUUGAAAUUUUCACCUGCUCAAAAAAAGUAGAAAACUGCUGGCUUAAUGGAGUAUCCAAACAGUCUUCAAAUGACUCUACAAUGAAACCGACAAGUAUGAUUUACCAGCAAGUUGGAAAAAUUGUGAUGCAAGAUCCAGGGAUGCUGUGCUUUAGUAAUGUUCAGUACCGUCCUUUUGGUGACUGGCAUCCAGAAGCAACCAUGCCCACAUCAAGUCAUUUUCCAAAUGCACAGAAUUUGAGACAUCAUAAACUGUCGUCUUUGAGUUUUGUUAGCCACAUCUCAGUUAGAGUAUCCAAAACAAGUAAUGGAAGUGCUGUUGGAAUACAACGUCUGGAAAUCUGGGGCCAACCAUCCCGCUCUUGUCCCAUAGAUAUCAGCAACAGAGUGCAGGCUAUAUAUCGUUCUUCUCUGCAUACAAAUGUAGAAGACAAUGACUGUGUAGAGACCAGUAGAAGGAAUAAUCCUAAAGCUGAUAAUGUGAGUGUGGAUGUCUAUCAUGAAAAGGGAAUAGAGGUUCCAAAAGACUUUAUUGACAAGAUCACAUGUGACAUUAUGAUAGUUCCCAUGCUGUUACCAUGCGGAGAAAAUAUUGACCAGUCUACUUUGGAGAAACACAACAGUAAUGAAGCCUCUUGGGGUCGUCCUCCGAGUGAUCCUUACACAGGAAUACACUUCCACUCAAACAUCCAGCCAAUUCCCAAUACUUCACUGAAAAGCAGAAUUGAUCAAUUUGUGCUGACUCAUAGUGAUGCUCUUGGACAUCUACCUCGUAUGUUAGGGAAAAGAAACACUUAUUCCUCAAAACAACCAUUAUCAAGUAAGAUUCUGUCACAAAAUAUGGCAGUUGAUAGCAUGCAAGGAUCUCAUAAAAUUACUGUUGAUAACAAAAGAUAUGUGUGUGAUGUUACCGAUAACUCAGACUUAGCAACCAGAGCAAAGCGAUUGAAAAAGUCAGUACCAUAUUGUGAGAUUAUCAAAAAUGAAACAAAAAUCAGUUCCACUCCUAGUAGAACUUCAACACAGGUGGAAAGCAGGAGUGGGACCAGUCAUGGUGAAAGUCUGAAAUAUAGUCUUGACUCAGCACUUGCUUCAACUCUUGGAUCUUUACCUUCAUUUACAAAAUUCUCAAAGACUUCUUCAAAAAAUCAAAACUCUGAAAAAAUUACUGAUGUUUCCAGUAAAAGUCAUGUGUGUUGUAUGUGCAAUAAGGCUUGUUAUUUGAUGUAUAAGGGUGUAUGUGAGCACAUCAUGUGUAGAGACUGCCUAACACUGAACACUGGCACUCUGACAUGCUCCACCUGUAGGGUGGUGUGGGAUAGAGGAGAGAUAACCAGAGUACACACAUGACUCUGAAGGAUUCCAUAUGGAAAAUAUUCAUUAAGGAUAUUUAACAAUCCAAGAUGGAACUACAUUCUUUUAGGAACUGAUGUGAAUAUAUGUUGGCUACUUAGGCACAUAACACUGCUACUAAAAAACUAUCCAAACUGUCAAGAAUGUUAACUUAAAUAAAAAUACAAUGUUUUAUUUUCGUCAAAUAACCCUAACAGACCUAAGUAAUAUCAAUGAUGUCUCCUAUUUGGCGUUUUCAACUUCUGGUUUUACCUUCCACAAUUUUCAAGUAAAGUGCAUGUAUUUCACUGUCAAAUCUAGAAGAAAUAAAUCAAACAGUAUGUA